GGUCCUCCUCCGCUAUUUCCCGGGGUAGGAACCUCGGGAGGCGGGUGCAGGGGCAGCCGAGGGGCGUCCGGUUACGUCUCCGCCCUCCCCGGCCGCGUCCGCAGAGCCGCUAGCUUUGCGGGGCGCCAGUUCGGGACCAUGUCGGCCGCGAGGCGCCGGGGCGAGACUGCGUGGACGCGGGCGCUGCUGCUGCAGCUGCUGCUGGUGGGGCCCGGGGGCUGCCUGAGCCGCCAGGAGCUCUUCCCGUUCGGUCCGGGACACGGGGACCUGCAGCUGGAGCCCGGGGACGACCGUGUCUCCCCGGCCCUGGAGCUGAGGCGGGCGCUCCGCUUCUUCGACAAAUCCGACCUCGAUUCGGUCUACGUCACCACAAAUGGCAUUAUUGCCAUGAGUGAACCCCCAGCCAAAGAAUCCUAUCCUGGGGUCUUCCCACCAACCUUCGGAGUAAUCGCACCUUUUCUGGCGGACUUGGACACGACAGAUGGCCUUGGGAAGGUUUAUUAUCGGGAAGACUUAUCACCCUCUGUCACUCAGCUGGCUGCAGAGUGUGUCCAGAGAGGAUUCCCAGAAGUCUCUUUCCAGCCCAGUAGUGUGGUGGUUGUCACUUGGGAAUCUGUAGCCCCCUACCAGGGGCCCAGCAAGGACCCUGACCAGGAAGGCAAGAGAAACACAUUCCAGGCUGUUCUGGCCUCCUCCGAUUACAGCUCCUAUGCCAUUUUUCUCUAUCCUGAAGAUGGCCUGCAGUUCUAUACGACAUUCUCCAAGAAGGACGAGAAUCAAGUUCCUGCUGUGGUCGCAUUCAGUCAAGGCAUCCAGGGAUUAUUCUGGAAGAGCGAAGGAGCAUACAAUAUAUUUGCUAACGACAGAGAAUCAAUUGGAAAUUUGGCCAAGAGCAGCAACUCUGGGCAGCAGGGCGUCUGGGUGUUCGAGAUCGGGAGUCCAGCCACAGCCAGCGGCGUGGUGCCCUCCGACGUGAGCCUUGGACUGGAUGACGGAGCAGAGUAUGAUGAUGAAGACUAUGAAUCGGUGACCCAUCUGGGCCUGGGGGACGUGAGCACGACACCCUUCCCCUAUGAGGAUCCGAGGAGGGGAGACCCUGGCACCUACAGCAUGCCCCGUGUCCUCUCCCCCCGCCGCCUGCCCACUGAGAGACACCCCGGACCUCCCACGGAGAGGACCAGGUCUUUCCAGCCACCAGCAGAGACAUUUCCCCAGCAGCAUGCACAGGUCAUAGACGUGGACGAGGUUGAGGAGACAGGAGUUGUGUUCAGCUACAACACGGACUCCCGCCAGACGUGUGCCAACAACAGACACCAGUGCUCUGUGCAUGCCGAAUGCAGGGACUUUGCCACGGGGUUCUGCUGCAGCUGUGUCGCGGGCUAUACUGGGAAUGGCCGGCAAUGUGUUGCAGAAGGUUCCCCCCAGCGAGUUAAUGGCAAGGUGAAAGGAAGGAUCUUUGUGGGGAACAACCCAGUUCCCAUCGUCUUUGAGAACACCGACCUCCACUCUUACGUGGUAAUGAACCACGGGCGCUCCUACACAGCCAUCAGCACCAUUCCCGAGACCGUAGGCUAUUCUCUGCUUCCUCUGGCCCCCAUCGGAGGUAUCAUUGGAUGGAUGUUUGCAGUGGAACAGGAUGCAUUCAAGAAUGGGUUCAGCAUAACAGGAGGUGAGUUCACCCGCCAGGCCGAGGUGACCUUUGUGGGGUAUCCGGGCAAGCUGGUCAUCAAGCAGCAGUUCAGUGGCAUCGACGAACAUGGACACCUGACCAUCAACACGGAGCUGGAGGGCCACGUGCCGCACAUCCCAUUUGGCUCUUCUGUGCACAUCGAGCCCUACACAGAGCUCUACCACUACUCUCGUGGGGUGAUCACGUCCUCCUCCACCCGGGAGUACACCGUGACAGAGCCUGAGCAAGGUGGUACUGCCUCUUCCAACAUCUACACCUACCAGUGGCGCCAGACCAUCACCUUCCAGGAGUGUGCCCACGACACCUCCCAGCCGGUCCUGCCCAGCACCCAGCAGCUCUCUGUGGACAGCGUGUUUGUGCUAUACAACCAGGAGGAGAGGAUCCUGCGCUAUGCACUAAGCAACUCCAUUGGUCCCGUGAGGGAUGGCUCCCCUGAUGCCCUUCAGAAUCCUUGCUACAUCGGCACUCAUGGAUGUGACACCAACGCGGCCUGUCGUCCUGGCCCCGGGGUUCAGUUCACCUGCGAGUGUUCCAUUGGCUUCCGAGGGGACGGAAGGACCUGCUCUGAUAUUGAUGAAUGUUCAGAACAGCCCUCGGUUUGUGGCAGCCAUGCGAUCUGCAACAAUCAUCCCGGAACCUUCCGUUGCGAGUGUGUGGAGGGCUAUCAGUUUUCAGAGGAGGGAACAUGUGUGGCUACUGUGGACCAACGCCCCAUCAACUAUUGCGAAACUGGCCUACAUGACUGUGACAUACCCCAGCGGGCCCAGUGUAUCUACAUGGGAGGGUCUUCCUACACUUGUUCCUGUUUACCAGGCUUCUCUGGGGAUGGCCGAGCCUGCCAAGACGUGGAUGAAUGCCAGCCAAGUCAAUGUCACCCUGAUGCCUUCUGCUACAACACUCCAGGCUCCUUCACAUGCCAGUGCAAACCUGGUUAUCACGGAGACGGCUUCCAUUGUGUGCCUGGAGAAAUGGAGAAAACCCGAUGUCAGCUGGAGAGAGAACACAUCCUCCGGGCAGCAGGGCUGACGGACCAACAGCAGCCCGUGAUGCCAGGCCUGUUUGUUCCCGAGUGUGACGAGCACGGGCACUACACGCCCACCCAGUGCCACGGCAGCACUGGCCACUGCUGGUGUGUGGAUCGCGACGGCCGGGAGCUGGAGGGCACCAGGACCAGGCCUGGGAUGACGCCCCCCUGUCUAAGUACAGUGGCUCCCCCGAUUCAUCAUGGACCCUCAGUUCCUACUGCUGUGAUUCCCCUGCCACCUGGGACCCAUUUACUCUUUGCUCAGACUGGGAAGAUAGAGCAUCUCCCCCUGGAAGGGAGCAUCAUGCAGAAGACAGAAGCCAAGACAUUGCUUCAUGCUCCGGAUAAAGUCAUCAUUGGACUGGCCUUCGACUGUGUGGACAAGAUGGUUUACUGGACUGACAUCAGUGAGCCUUCCAUUGGGAGAGCCAGUAUGCAUGGCGGAGAGCCAACCACCAUCAUUCGACAAGAUCUUGGAAGUCCAGAAGGCAUUGCCCUUGACCAUCUUGGCCGCAACAUUUUCUGGACUGAUUCUCACUUGGAUCGAAUAGAAGUUGCAAAGCUGGAUGGCACCCAGCGCCGGGUGCUGUUUGAGACUGAUUUGGUGAAUCCCAGAGGCAUCGUCACGGAUUCCGUGAGAGGGAACCUUUAUUGGACAGACUGGAACAGAGAUAGCCCCAAAAUUGAAACUUCCUACAUGGAUGGCACCAACCGAAGGAUUCUUGUGCAGGAUGACCUGGGCUUGCCCAAUGGGCUGACAUUUGAUGCCUACUCAUCUCAGCUCUGCUGGGUGGAUGCAGGCACCAAUCGGGUAGAGUGUCUGAAGCCCGAGCAGUCUGGCCGACGCAGGGUUCUCGAAGGGCUCCAGUACCCUUUUGCUGUUACAAGCUAUGGGAAGAAUCUGUACUACACGGACUGGAAGACGAAUUCCGUGGUUGCUGUAGAUCUUGCUAUUUCCAAAGAGACGGAUGCCUUCCACCCCCACAAGCAGACCCGGCUAUAUGGUGUCACCACGGCCCUGUCUCAGUGUCCUCAAGGUCACAACUAUUGCUCAGUGAACAAUGGUGGCUGUACCCACCUCUGCUUGGCCACACCUGGAAGCAGGACCUGCCGUUGCCCUGACAACACUCUGGGAGUUGACUGCAUCGAGCGGAAAUGAAGACAAGAGUGCCUCAUUCUCUCUGCACGUAUUCGGCUGCACCCUCCUUAAAAGGGUCCAGACUGAAAACUCUCUGGCCUGUUGGCCUCCACGCCCAGAUCCUACCCAGCCUGAGCCCCAACGGUGUUCCCCUGUUUCCCAAAACAGAUGCCCUGGGCUUCUAGAAUGAGAAAGUCUCUUCCCCUCCACACAGACAGAACCCCACCACCUCCGAGUGAGGAUUUUAUGCCCAUCCCAGUGCUCUGGAACCUUUCCCCAGCUUAGCAUCCCCAUGGUGAGUGGAGCCUCCCCACACAUGAGCUGCCCCUUCCCCUGUGGCAUUAAAGCCUUAUAAGCCCCCUGUGAACGGCUCAUAAGCCUCACUCUGACAUACCUGCCAUCCUGUUAACUCCCUGACACACCAGCCAGGGCCACCUAAGCAAGGCUGUGAAUGAAGGAGGGAGUUAACUGUCCCCCCCUUUUCUUUUGGUGCUCUGAAUUCCCUCUCCCAAACCCUAGCUUCCUGCCACCCCUGAGUUCUGUACCGCCUGCAUCCUGUCCCACCUUUCGUUCAAAACCUGCCCUGUCAUAGGGCCGUGUGGAUAUCUGUGGGCGAUAAUGGGCAGCCCCUCCCAGAUAAGUUACUGGCAUUUCAGCAGUAGCCUUUGGUAGAUAAAGCCUUCCAUCAAAGGAGAGUCCAGUGGUAGGAAUUUGACGGUAUAGAGUCAGAUGUUUGAGAAUGAGGAUUCUUUGGAUGUGCCUUAAGUUCACCAGCAGUUACCAAAUUAUUCCUCUUUGGCAAGAGCACCUGGAUGCCAGCAUCUGGUCUCUUGAACAGCAUGACCCCACUGCUGGCACCAAUGCCCAGCCUCCCUGGCUUUAGGCAUAGCUGCGGGCUGGUACCAGGGCCUCACCUCCUGCCCUCAGCCAACAUGAGCUCAUGUCUCCUUAGCUUCUCCCUCUACUCAUGGCCCUUGCUGGCUGUCUUCUCAUCUACAAGGGCCAGAUCAAGUAUUUAUGCUACUGAUCCAGACCCUUGAUUGCUCAUUGGUGUACUUAAAGGGACCAUUGUCACCUG